AUGUCUUCAGGGUCUAGCCAAGCAAGAGUCUUAGAGCUCGUUUCGAAAUCGCAGCAACAUGCCAGUGAUGGCGAGCUACAAAAGGCCUUCGAAGCGCUGAAAGAAGCAUCGCACCUUGAGCCAGAGAAUGCCCGAGUCAAAGAUGCCCUAUUGUCUUUGCAGAAGCGAGAGACGACUGGCGACUUUCUCAAUCUCUUGCAAAGCUACCUGGGAAGUGGUCCCGAGAGCGAAGGUCAGAAAGCGCUGCAGGCUUUACGACACAAGAGCCUCCCGAAGGACGAUGCUGAGCAAGCUCUCAGUCUUCUUCUCCACCCUAGCAGAAAUGCUGACCUGCUCGACACUUUGACUGGCACCCUGAUCUACCGCAGUGUGGACGCCAAGAAGGUGUUGGCGAGCAAAUUCCAAGAACCGAUCACGACUCUAUUCGAUCAGCUUUGUGAACGAGGUCCAGAGAGCUUGACGGCAUUCGCCGCACUGCCAUUUGAUGACUCCUUGUGGCCUUCGAAAGAUGACCAGGCACGCGCUCAGAGAGACAUCUUCCGGCUUUGUAUUGCGGAGCUCAUUGAUGUGGACAUCGACUACCCGGAACGCUUCAUGCAGAUUGUUGCCCGCCAACUGGCAAUCGCGCCUGAAAACAUCAGGACUCUCCUUGAUAGCGAUUCCUUCGAGAUUAUUUUCAAUUCCCUGGACAUUCGCUCAACAUCAGCUCUUCGGCAGCAAGCCAUGCUGGCAACUGCAAAGGCUCUCGAAGUGACCCGAGACAAGGGCGAGCAGAUCUUCGGCCAGUAUCUUGCGACGAAGGUGGCGAAGCAGACCAACGACGAUCUCAUCAUGGCUUUCUCUGCUGCUGCCGCGAUAUUCCCCAUGAUUCCUGUAGUCGCCGCACAAUUGUUCAUGACGGACGGAUUCGUGCAACAGCUUGUGCCGAACCUCGAGAAGAACUCCGAAGCAGCGAAGCAAGCAGCUCUCGAGCUCCUGAGCGCGGCUUGUGUAGAUAAGAACUGCAGAGAAGCUAUUGACCGGUACUGUUCGCCUUGGUUGCGAGAUCUCAGUGAGGAGCGAGAGGGCACACAUAAAGCACUUUCCGCCCUUGUAUUGGCAAAAAUCAAUUCUGCCUCUCAAGAUGAAGUCACACAGAAGCUUGCGGACCUGGUAUUGGUAAACGAAUCCAACAAGGAUCAAGCUAUCGAGGGUCUCGCGUAUACCACGCUACAGCCGAAGGUCAAGGAAGACAUUGCCUCUAAUGCCAAUUUGCUCAAACGACUGGUUGUCGCCCUCACGGACCGGCCAAGCGCAGCUUUCGGCUGCCUGACGAUAUUCUCCAACCUCACAACAUACAGACCAACAAAGACUGCAGAGCAGAAGAAGAUCGAGCAGCUAAAAGCGUAUGCCAAUCAGAGCAAGCCACAGCCGGACGAUCCUUUCGAUAACGACAGCUACGUGACUGCACGGGCAAGAAAACUUCUCGAUGCCGAUAUCGUUCCGGCGCUCGUGGCCUCUUGCAAGCAAACAAGCUCCCCUUCGAACAUCGCAAUGGUUGUCCGAACUCUGCUGUCUUUGUCACGAGAACAAAAGCACAGGUCGAAAAUGGUCCAACAAGGCUCCGUGAAGCUCCUCCUUCAAAUCCGAGAGCGAAUCGCCAACACCGACAAAUCCACUUCGGAAACUUCCCUCAUCGAACGCAACGCUUCACACGCCCUCGCCCGCCUACUAAUCUCCGUCAACCCUUCGCACGUCUUCACUGCGAAUCUCCCUUCUUCCUCAGCCGUCUCGGCCCUUCUCCCUCUUCUCAAUCACGACACAGACUCCGAACAACGCGACCUCCUACCCACAUUCGAAGCUCUGCUUGCGCUUACAAAUCUAGCCUCAAUGGACGAUCCCACAGCUCGAGAUCUCAUGAUCCGAACUUCCUUCGAUCGCCUCGAGGACCUCCUCUUCAGCUCCAACACUCUCGUCCAACGCGCAUCGGUUGAACUUGUCUGCAAUCUCAUGGCUUCUCCCUCAGGAAUCGCGAAACUCGCCGACGGCAGCAAAGACGCGAAUCGUCGGUUGCACGUCCUAUUGGCACUAACUGAUGUCGAAGAUCUUGCGACUAGGCGCGCUGCUGGUGGCGCGUUGGCUAUGCUGACCGAGUGGGACUCUGCUGUGGAGGCUAUCUUGAAUAAAGAUAAAGGCGUGCAGAGAUUGGUUGAUAUGUGUGCUGAUGAAAGUGAGGAGUUGAGGCAUAGAGGUUUUGUCUGUCUGCUCAACAUCGUCAAUGCGCCUGGAGAGAUUGGUGAGAGGGGCGUGAAGGCGGUGAAGGAGGUGCAAGCUGGAGAUGUGCUGAAAGAGGCUUUGAGGAAGAGUAAAAAUCAGGAGGCGUUGGGGUUGGGAGUGGAGGUGUUGAAAAAAUUGCAGUAA